CAAUCAUGGCGGUCGAUAUUCGACUUGCGAACACGCGUGUGAAGAAAACCGACCCAGAUGUCGAUGAAUUGCAGCAUUUAGUAACUCCUGGAGAUGUUAUAACGACGGAUGCAGGGUUUAUGAGAGGCCAUGGCACUUUCAUGGACAGUGACAAACUCCAUGCUUCAGUUGCUGGUGUUGUGGAGCGUGUCAAUAAACUGAUCUGCGUGAAUCCAUUGAAGACGAGAUACCACGGAGAAGUUGGAGACGUGAUUGUUGGGCGCAUCAUCGAUGUUGCUCAGAAGAGAUGGCGGGUGGAGGCGCAUUCAAAACUACAUUCAAUCCUUUUGCUAUCGAGUGUGAAUUUACCUGGUGGUGAAUUGAGGAAAAGAUCAGAAGAAGACGAGAGAAGGAUGAGAGACUAUUUAGUCGAAGGAGAUCUAAUCAGUGCCGAGGUGCAGUCUGUAUACUCUGAUGGCUCACUCUCAUUACACACCAGAAGUUUAAAGUAUGGCAAACUCGGCCAGGGUGUCUUGGUCCGAGUCUCACCUUCUUUAGUCAGACGGAGAAAAACCCAUUUUCAUAAUCUCCCUUGUGGUGCUAGUAUUAUAUUAGGUAAUAAUGGAUACAUCUGGAUAUCACCAACGGUGAAUGAGGACACAGAUAAUACAGGAGGAUUCACACAGAGUAUGCAGCCAGUCCAGCGAGUGGACAGAGAAGUCAUAGCUCGGUUACGGAACUGUGUCGUUGCCAUGGCAAAUAACCGAAUGAUGCUAUUUGAUACCAGUGUGCUGUAUACCUUUGAGGCUUCACAAAAGUAUGCUAUCAAGGAGCUCCUCAAACCAGAGGUUCAGGAUGAGGUGGUUAGUUUGGCGAGACAGCGACUCGAGACAGAAAGUUAGGUUUUAUGCUCAUUUCGGUGGAGAGACAUUGGACAUCGGAUACAAAAUAAGACUGGAUCAGAUAGCCGUGUACUAAAGACUAAGUCAUGCUGAAUGUGGCACUCGGAAUGAGAUGGAUAUUCAUUUGUGAAUAAUUGGAGUGACUAUCUCAGCGAUGCCCUAGAUUUCUAGGGUUGGGGGG